GAUAUUACCGACGGUCCCUGAACGCAGCGGCAGAAGAAGGACGGAUUCCUGGCAACGCCGCAACAAAGCUAACGUUAACCAUGUACUGCUAAACCGUGUGAAUGCAUUAGCUUCGCAAACAUGUACUUAUGUGUUUAUCUGGAGUGUUUACCAACUGAUACCUACCUCAUUGCUUCCUCAAAGGCGCGUUAACACAUUCACAAUGGAAUUUUUUAACGAGCCAAGCUAGCCCAGCUAGCACACUUUGUCUUCGUCGCAGCCACAAACGGUUGACUAGCUAACCAGAACGAGUUGUUGUUAGCUUCGGGCUAGUUUUGGCGAAAAUGGCAAUUGUGUCUGGGUCCUGUGCCAGGGUAAACGGGUCUAGAAACGGGCCUCCUGUGUCAGCUACACCCUCUGGAUCUGUCGGGCAGUCUCAGCCCAUGAUAGCGGUGUGGGAAUGGCAGGAUGACCAGGGUUACUGGCGGCCUUACAGCGGCCAGGUGAGCGCCUACAUCGAGCGUUGUCUGUCACCGCGGGGCCACAGAGGAGGAGCACCCGGCUCUACGAGCAUCUGUCUCGGACAAUCAGACCCCAGCCUGUCGCCUUACCUCAUUGACAUACCAAGCUUGAAGCAGUUUCGACAGGACACAGGUAAGACCCGGUCAGUACGCCGGUCUCUGUUUGCCCAGUCCUCCGGCCUUGGUAGUGGUGUUUACUGGGAAUGGGCCAACGAUGAAGGAGGAUGGACCCCAUAUGAGACGCGAACCUCUAUCCUUUUGGAGCACAGCUAUCAGGCUCGCCAAGGCACAGCAGAUCUGGGCCCCCAUGGAUACAAUUAUAUAGUGGAUCUCACAUCUCUGGCGCAGGUUAACAAAUCGACGGGUUUCAGACGCCAGGUGCGACGCCAAUGCAACCUCCCCUACCCGCUGGCUUCUUCCGGACCCCCAGCUAUCUCAUCGGGCCCCGCCUGCUCCUGCCAGCAGUGUUUAAGCCACAGCAGCACCGGACCCAUGCCGAGCCGUUCGCGACAUUCCUUCUCGUCAGGGAGUCUGAACCGGCCUAGUCUUCAAGGCACAGGAAGGGCUGUGGCGGCUCAUCCUACUUCUGUCUACUCCCCGUACCCCAGGAGACCUCUCUCAGUUGGUGGCAUGUCCUGGGGCAGCCCCUGGGCUCCACCGACAUCUGGCAGUCAACUUUCUGCACCUCUGACCAACUCUACCAGUGCCAAUGGGUUAAGUGUUCCUUCCAUCUCUGUGCAGCUGAAUGGAUCCACCAGCGUGAGCUCUGCCCUAGCAGGCAUGGCCUCCAUUUUGAUGUCAGCAGUGGGACUCGGCGUGCACUUCACCUCUGCCCCUCUCCCUCAGCAGCAGCAGCAUCCGCCGCCACAGCAUCAGCAGCCUGCUCCUUUCUCUCUUCCUCCUCCUCCUCCUCUCCUUCCCCCAGCCAGCAGGCCCAUCAAGCCCCACAGCAGCAGCAGCACCAGCACCAGCAGUUCAGUUAGGAGAGCAAAGAGACAGCACAGGAGAGCAUCAACUCAGAGACCCGAGGAGGUGAUUCAGCGCUACAUGGAGGUGGUGGCUGGAGUACAAGACGAGGACUGUAUUAUCUGCAUGGACCAACUGUCCAACCCAUCUGGCUACGAGACCCCAUCCACAGAGGAGGGAGGCCAGAGCAUCCAGCCAGACACUGUGGGAAAAUUCAUCAAAUGUGGGCACACCCUGCAUAUGCUCUGCAUGCUGGCCAUGUACAACAAUGGAACGAAGGAUGGCAGCUUGCAGUGCCCCUCGUGUAAGACAAUCUACGGCGAGAAGACGGGCACCCAGCCGAAAGGCAAGAUGGAAAUAUACAGCAUCGCACAGUCGCUGCCAGGCCACCCAGACUGCGGCACCAUCCAGAUAAUCUAUAGCAUACCACCCGGCAUACAGGGUCCCGAGCAUCCCAACCCAGGCCAGCCGUACACCUGUAGAGGCUUCCCUCGCUUCUGUUUCCUGCCAGACAACGACAAGGGCAGAAAGGUCCUCGAGCUGCUGAAGGUGGCGUGGAUGCGACGUCUCAUCUUCACCGUGGGAACGUCCAGCACCACCGGAGAGCCCGACACAGUGGUGUGGAACGGCAUCCACCACAAAACCGAGAUGAUGUCCAACUUGUCGGGCCACGGCUACCCUGACCCCAACUAUUUGGACAAUGUUCUGUCUGAGCUGGCCUCUCAGGGCGUGACAGAGGACUGCCUCAAACCCCCAGGAAGCGGCAGCGGCGCCAGCUAGGCCUCAGCUCCGAGCUUCGCACGCUUCCACUCACCGCUAACCCACCGAGAGUUAACCCUCCUGAAUCCUCUGCUCUGUGCCCAGGUGGACUUCCUGCAACAUCUGUGUGUUAAUAAAUUCAUGUCAGCGUCCACCCAAACCUCAUGGAGUGAGCGAAGGGAGGGAAAGUGAGCUAAAUAAAAGCCUUGAAUCUUCUUUGAGAGGAGACACAGUUGGAGUAGAAUUGUUUGGUUGCAUCACGUGUUACAGGAGAUUGGACUCAGAUUAAAAAAAACAAGAAAAAAGCAGCAGGGCUCCACUGACUGAGCCCUCCAUCAAACCUCCAUCAGCUGGAGGUUCUUUCUGUUUGUUCGUCCGUUUGUUUGUUUGUUUUAUUCUAUUCUCUUCUUUUUCUCAUCAAGCCUCAUCUAUAUCCCCUCAUUCGGUUUCCAUGAGAAUGAGAGCUUACGCUGGGGAUAAAAGGUCUCACAAGCACUUUAGUUCUGACGCUGCAUUUAGCUGGCAAGAUGUGCGAUCUCCCCAUAAAGGGCAAUUCUUCUUCUUCUUCUUCUGUUGUUUUUAAAUUGGUAACUAAUGCCAAAGUGUUUCUGCUGAAAACGUUCACGUUUAGCUCAGCGACAUGGACACCUCUCGUAGCAAACUCCGUAUUGAUGAGAAGAGGCAAUAUUUACUGUUGUAAAUAAAUCUAAAAAAGAAUUAGACAAAAAUAUGUUUAAAAAAACAUUUAACACUACUUCUGAUCUGACCGUGAUAUAUUUAACACAAUUUGAUGAGAAGAAGCACUCACAACAGUCUGAUUUAACUUUUUAUUUUAUUUUUUAUUUUCGGAUGUGCAGAACCUACGCCACGUUAGGUUCACUCACUUAAAUGUUUUACAGUUUGUGUUGCCGUGUGUGACACGGGGACAAGGUGUAUAGCUCCCCGACGACCUCAGUUCUCCUGUCCAGACAGGUGUAAACGGCUGCCGAGAUGAAACAAAAAAACAAAACAACGGCUCUGGAUGAGAACAUUUUUAGUGUGACAAUCAAGGUCAUCGGACUCGUCUUGAUUUUAAAGAAAAAAAGAUCCUGCGGGUUGCCGCCUCCUGUAUUCACAUGCAUUAUUCUGCUCACAGUACUGCAGUACAGUCGCUCAACUCAGUCUUGACAUGUAUACAAACAACAAGAAAAAAUGGGGGGAAAAAAAUAUCUGCAAUAAAGACAUAAUGCAAAACGA